ACACCUAACCUCAAAAAAUGUGUGCGUGUGAAUUUCGUCUCUGUGUGUGUAACUCGCUUGGCUUUUGAAUGGAAUAAUUUUCCAUAAAAUUCAAUGAAACAUUCUCAAUUUUUUAUUUAAUGGAUAGUAUAAUUAUUUAAGUAAAUUGAUGGCUUCAAACGAAGGAAUUCCACCGGCAGUUGCUGGCUUUCCUCCAGGUGCACCAAAUAUGGCCACAACAUUCGUUCCUCCGAUUCUACCAGCGGCUCCGUUUAUUCAACCGCCGGGUCUUCCUCCAGGUCCUCCAGGAAUGAUGCCACCGCAAUUUUCCAUUCCGCCUCCGGGUUUUGGUUUCCCGAUGGGCGCCGCACCACCUCCCGAAGCCGGUGUUAUUGCGGCACCGCCACAAAUAACGGCACCGGGAGUUCCACCGCCAGCGCCAACUCUCACGGACAUAAAAUCAGUGACGACGUUGUCGGAGAAAAAGUGCGAUUGGUCGGAGCACAAGGCGCCCGAUGGUCGCACUUAUUAUUACAACAAUACGACGAAACAAUCGUUGUGGGAGAAACCGGACGAAUUGAAGAGUCAGAGUGAAUUAUUGUUGUCGCAGUGCCCGUGGAAGGAGUACAAGUCGGAGAAUGGCAAAGUCUACUAUCACAAUGUGGCGACGAAGGAAUCACGUUGGACAAUUCCGCCGGAAUUGGACGAACUCAAGAUGAGAAUUGUCGCCGAGGAUGCUGCAGCUGCGGCCGCUGCAGCAGUCGCGAGUGCCACGAACACCCUGAAAAAUCCAUUUUUAGUUACAAACUUUAGUGGUGGAUUGGGUUCAGUGGCAAUGCAACGAAUGUCGCCGAAUAUUGCCGCGAACCUUUCGCAAACGUCAACGCCGGAAUCGGCGGGCAAAUCGGCAAUUGAACAAGCCAUGGCGGCGACAUUGGCGGCAAUAAACAUUCCCACACCGCCUUCGAAGCCCAACGACGAGGACAGCAAUUCGGCGAAGGAAUCGGCGAAUGGCAGUCGAACGAGUACACCAGAGCCGAAAAUGCAAUUCAAGGACAAAAAGGAGGCGAUCGAGGCCUUCAAGGAGUUGCUCAAGGAGAAGGACGUCCCGUCGAAUGCGACUUGGGAGCAGGCGGUGAAAAUGAUACAGAACGAUUCGCGUUAUCCGCAAAUGAAAAAAUUGAACGAACGCAAACAGGCCUUCAACGCCUACAAGACGCAGAAGUUGAAGGAGGAACGCGAACAAGAGAGAUUGAGAUUGAAGAAAGCAAAGGAGGACCUCGAGGCAUUUUUACUUGAACCAACGCGAAUGUUGAGCACAACCAAGUAUUACAAGUGCGAGGAAAUGUACGGCAAUUUAGAAGUAUGGCGCUCGGUGGGCGAUUCAGAUCGUCGCGAUAUUUAUGAGGAUGUUAUUUUUAAUUUAGCGAAACGCGAGAAGGAGGAGGCGAAAGUAUUGAAGAAACGAAACACUAAACGAAUGGCACAAGUUUUAGAUGCACUGACGGACGUGACUUAUCGCACCACGUGGCAAGAGGCGCAAGCACUGCUCAUUCAGCACACCUCGUUCGCCGAGGACGCCGACCUGCUGCAAAUGGACAAGGAGGACGCGAUCCUUGUCUUUGAGAAUCACAUUCGACAGCUCGAGAAGGACGAGGAGGAGGAGAAGGAGCGAGAGAAGAAGCGACGAAAACGACAGGAGCGCAAGAAUCGCGAUGGCUUUAUCAGUCUUCUCGACGAACUGCACGAACAGGGGAAAUUAACCUCAAUGUCCCUCUGGGUCGAACUGUAUCCAAUGCUGUCGGCAGACCUUCGUUUCUCGGCCAUGCUCGGACAAUCAGGAUCGACGCCCCUCGAUCUCUUCAAAUUCUACGUUGCCGAUUUGAAAUCGCGCUUCCACGACGAGAAGAAAAUAAUUCGCGAAAUUCUCAAGGAUCGCAAUUUCGAAGUUCAGGUGAACACGACUUUCGAGGAGUUCGCCACUGUUGUUUGCGAGGACAGAAAAUCGGCGACACUCGACGCGGGCAAUGUGAAGUUGACCUAUAAUUCACUGCUGGAAAAGGCGGAGGCACGCGAGAAGGAGAGAGUCAAGGAGGAGACGAGGAAAUUCAAAAAACUCGAGUCAGGUUUUAAGAAUUUAUUAAAAACAUUGGGUGUCGAUUAUCAAAUGACGUGGGACGAUGUGAGAAUGAAAAUCGAGGAGGAGCCGGAUUUUAAAGCAAUUUCAUUGGAGAGCGAGAGAUUGAGAAUAUUCAAGGAAUAUCAACAUGAAUUGGAGGAGAGUUGCAGUCAUCAUCAUAUUCGCAGUCGGAAGAAGAAGACGAAAAAACCAAAACGAAAAUCACGUUCCAAAUCACAUAGCGAUUCCGAGGGUAGUGAGAAGGGCCUUAAGAAAAAGAGACACAGAUCGAGAUCGGCGAGUCCAGGCAGCAAAUCCGACAGUUCGGAAUCGGAAACAAAAAAGAAGAGGAGGAAAAAUAAAAAGAAACGUGGUCGCAGUCAUUCGAGAUCACACUCGAGGCUUCCGUCCUCUGAAGGCUCACCGGAUCAACGAAGGAAAGAAGAUAAACAUCGACGAGCCUCAAUUCAAAGUGACGGCUCAUUAAAUGACAAUGUCGAGCAGCACGAACUAUCCGAAGACGAAUUAGAAAAACAAAAAGCACAAAUUCUUCGCGAAUUACAAAUGCAACAGGAAGAAAAUUAAAUACAAAAAAGAAGAAAAGGGAAACUAAAAUUAUUUAAGGUAUUGCUUUUAUAUUGACAAAUUUCAUAAAUUUCUCAUCAAAUUAAAUAAUUUGAAAUUUAA